GAAGUGUGCUACACUACCGGGAGUACCCACUCCCGGCUUCGGCGGAGAUGGUGCGGGGUCGUUGACAUUCGGACUACCCGGGGAGGGCCGGGGCCUUUGGGUCUUUGGUAACGGGUGGAAGCGACCGUAGGCUCCAGAACUGCUUGUUUCGGCGGUAGACGCAACGUACUGACCUUGGCCGCUGCUCUUUCGCUGCUCUUGCUGACCUUGGCCCAGGGUCGAAGCCGAUGGCAGCUUGGGGCGCCCUCAGCUUGAGCAGGGCCGCUGCCCCUUGCUUGCGGGCACGAGUCCCCGGGGCCCGGGCGGCUCUUCCGCGCGCCCCACUGGCCUCCUGGCCUGAGACCUCGGGCUGCAGCCCCUCUCAGGGUAGGACGCUGCACCUCACCGCGGCGGUCCCCGCCGGGCACAACAAAUGGUCCAAAGUCCGGCAUAUCAAGGGUCCCAAGGACACUGAAAGAAGUCGCAUCUUCUCCAAGCUCUGUUUGAGCAUCCGCCUAGCGGUUAAAGAAGGAGGCCCCAACCCUGAGCUCAACAGUAAUCUGGCCAGCAUCUUGGAAGUGUGUCGCAGCAAACACAUGCCCAAGUCAACAAUUGAGGCAUCGCUGAAAAUGGAGAAAACCAAGGAUGUUUAUUUGCUGUAUGAGGGUCGAGGCCCUGGUGGCUCUUCUCUGCUCAUUGAAGCAUUAUCUAACAGUGGCUCCAAGUGCCAUUCAGACAUCAAACAUAUCCUGAACAAGAAUGGGGGAAUGAUGGCUGAAGGAGCUCGCCACUCCUUUGACAAAAAGGGGGUGAUUGUGGUUGGAAUGGAGGACAGAGAGAAGAAAGCUGUGAACCUAGAGCGUGCCCUGGAGCUGGCAAUCGAAGCAGGAGCUGAGGAUGUCAAGGAAACUGAAGACGAAGAGGAAAAGAACAUUUUUAAAUUUAUUUGUGAUGCUUCUUCACUGCAUCAAGUGAGGAAGAAGCUGGACUCCCUGGGCUUGUGUUCUGUGUCCUGUACGCUAGAGUUCAUCCCCAACACAAAAGUGCGACUGGCUGACCCCGACCUGGAGCAGGCUGCUCAUCUCAUCCAGGCUCUCGGCAACCACGAGGACGUGAUCCAGGUCUAUGACAACAUUGAGUAACUGGGCUCCUUCCAAGGCAACUGGCAGCCUAUUCUGGAGAACAGGCUUCUGUAGCAUCCUCUGAGACUGAAGCAGGUGGGGGGCCUAGCAGGUUAGGAGGCAUAAGACCAAGACUGCAGCUCUGUGGCCAAGGGAAUCACCACAUCUCCGUGGGGCCUCUUUAUCAGCCCUGCUGAGGUCUCAGAGCCCUCCUGGAUGAGUGCCCCCACUCCCUCCUCAAUGCGGGGUGGAGCCAGCUAGCUGAUCAGACUCUGAUCUCAGAAAGUUGGCCUUUGCCGGGAUGGUAGGUGCCCGGAGGGCCCAUGUACUAGAAACUGCUCGGAAAUAAUAAGAGUGAUUGAUCUGG